UUCGUGCAAUUUCUAUUUAAUGAAAGUGCACUGUUUUGCAUAUUGUUAUAUAUGAUUCUGGAAUACAAGGGCUUUAAUCCAAACCUCGAUAUGUAAGAGCAACGAAAAAGAAAUAAUACAGUUCUUUUCAAUACAAGACUUGCCGAACAUCGCAGAUCUACUGUAGUCACUAUCACAAACUAGUUAAACAGAUAAAAUAAUCUGUUAGAUAAAAUCAUAAACUAACACUCAGUUAUUCUGGGUUUCCUGAGGGAGUGCCACAUGAAGGAGCAUUCCUAAGACCUAAGGCCUCAAGGUCGGAUGCUUACUCUUAGAGUGGUCAGCUGCCUCUAAGAGGCGAACACUGUCCUGCGCUUGUCUUAAAUACCCGACUGCUUACCACCUAAUAAAAACUUGACUUUUUGAUAAACUGGCUUCCUCUCGUGCUCUGUUAGGAGCAUUUGCAUCCGGGAGACAAGGAACUCCGUGACGUCACAGCCAAGACUCAUCGGUAGUAAAUGCAAUGUACUUUUGAUAGUGAAAUAAUCCGGCGAUUUGUUUGAUGUUAUUUCACUUUUAUACUACGUAAAGUAUAAAUAAUUAGUGUUAAUGUCUAAAAUCACCGGUUCAACAGAAGCGUUUAAGUAAGGAAGGAAUUAUACGAGUUGGUGGUAGAUGGCAACGUCUCCGCUUUUUCCCGUCGGGAGUGAAUCAGCUGGUGAGGUGAUGUAAAAGCUCUAGUGAAUGGUGGCCGCUAGUGUUGUGCUGGAGUCGGUUCACGAAAGGUGCUUAGUAGUUUUGGUGCGUAACCCUCUCCGCACGAGGCUGCAACAGAGAACCCAAAGAUACUGAACUGUGCUUUAUCAUUUGGAAGAUUCCCUUUAAAGAUCUAGUCGUAAUCACUGAAAAACUUUGUGCUGCAGAACAUACUAGUAAAAGAAGUGUCAUUCUUUUAAGAAAACAAAUUCUGGUGGAUAAUUACUGGCAUGGAUAUUAUAUAAUUAUUUUCUUUCGGGAUCGUGUCAGCUGGUUGGUUGUGUUCUUCAAGCAUAGAAUGGCUGUUAGUGCUUGGAAAUAAAUUUUUCUGCAGCGUUCCUGGUAUCUUGUUUAAUUUAGAAAAUUUACUAUUGACAUUUAUUACAGCAAAAUGGCUCCCAACAUUCCCAUACAGGAGAGUGAAGAAUCAAGCGUCGAAUUGGUCGUGGAUAUCAAUUCGCCGAACAGUGACCCAAUUCCAGAACUUCCGAAGCAAUUCCAGUCUCACUUAGAACAACAUUUCCAUUCGCAAGAUAGUCCAAAUUUGCACCAGCGUAUUAUCCAUGUGAUUGGCGACCCAAGGACCCACCAAUCCCAGACGACCAUUCUAAGACCCAGCGUGAUUCAACACCCAGACAUCUCCACGCCCAAUAGUGCCACGACCACAUGGAGAGUUCCUACAUUCGAAAUACGGGACAGAAACGUCAGAAGGAGACCCGUAGGCGCUCCUCAACAACCAGAUGGUGUCCAGAAAGGCACUCUCUUACCCCCAACAGUCCCACCACGCAUUGGUGACCCUUCAGGCGUUCCCACAAGCACUUCCAUAGGCAGGGAACUUUUCGGUAACCCGACGGAAGUCCCUCAGGUGACAAGAACGCGUAACCCUGGCAGGAGGCCUGAAAGUGGCGUCCUUCUCUCUACCCAUGAAAGACCCUCGCUGGCGAACAAUGAAGACGAAGCCAAAGUUGACGGUAACACAAAACCACCACCACCGCCAUCACCUCCUCCUCCUUCUACAACGACUUCUUCAAGCACCACUAUCUCUACGACAAAAAAUUAUCUCGAUAGCGGCGUCCUCCGAAUUCCCGGCCACGAACCGGAAUCCCCAGCUGAUUUGAACCUCGUCCACCACGACAGGGCCAUCGAUACCACCAACCAAACGGGUCAAGGAGGCAUCUUCGUGAAAGAUGAUUCGAAUGGCCUCACGAACGAAGGAGCCACAGCUCUUAUUCUCGUCGGUCUUUGCAGCGUCUUCUUGGUGUUCAUUUGCUUCGCCAUGUUCAUCCAGAAGAUUAAACGCCAGAAAAUCGAGAGUAAAGUCGUUCAGGAUGACUCUGAUAUUAAACAUGCAGCCAGGUACGAGUCCACAGGCACCACGAUGUACCAUCCAAACCCCCUCUCAUUUCUUCCACCGGACAUUCUCAAUGCACUCCUGCACCCUAUGUCCGCCAGCAGAGUUCACGGCGAAUUUGAAGAGCCAAAACCUGCGUUUGUAACAAUGGAACCACCGCAGCCAGGAAACCUAAACCAAUUAGGCAGGCUCUGGUUUUCAGUUUACUAUGAUUACGUCAAGACAACGCUAGUGUUGCACAUACUACAUGCCAGGUAUGUUAAAGGGCGCGGUUCCACCACUAACCCUGGCACAGUGUGGGUGGAAGCUUGUGUUCUCACGCCGAUGAAUACUAUUAAGGCUUCAAGUAAGACUGAUACAAGAAGAGCAAGUUUAGCACCUGUUUUCAACCAGAACUUCAAGUUUGAGGUUGAAGAUGAGGAGGUAACACAGUACCUUCUGCGACUGACCUUGUAUGACAAACAUCCACAACACGAGGAGAAAGCUGUAGGAUCAGUUAUCGUCCCUCUGAGUACUGUAGACUUGUGCUCAACAGAAACAAUAUCUAGGGAUCUUCAAUGAUCACCUUACAGAGAAAAAAGUUGCCCUCUGAAGAAAAGCUGAUAUUUGUCUCGGGGAGAGAGCAUGGGAAUUUAGAAAAUAAUCUAGGGGGAAGAAUGUUUGUUGCAUAAUAUGUGCCUUUCAUCAGUUUUAGAAAAAGCUGCGUGGAGAGGGGGAAACAUCCGGUGCACAAGAGGAAUGCAGAUUUUCCAAAUAGUAGUCCCUUUGAUCCGUUCUUGAAAACACUGCUAGGAGAGGGGAAAACAUGCGUGACAUCCAUGCAAGUGUAGGGAGGAAUGAAGAAGCUACAUAGUUUUUGCCAUACUUGGUAGGCUGGAGGAAACCUGCUUGCUGGAGGUAACCAGGUUAUGAGAAAUGCAGCUCAAGUCCUCACACUUCAUAAAGAGAAGGGAAAGUAGCUUACCUUUCUUCGUCUACAGGAAAAAAAAAGCAAGGGCAUUGUUUCAUAAUGUACCUAUUUGUUCUUUUAAGUUCUUCCACUAGUACUAGUAGCAUGGAGGCGGAGGGAAUAUUUCAAACUGGUCAACGAAGUUCUUGCUGAAAGCCAUUCCUCUACUGAAUAGUCCUGGAAAUUGUGGUUCUGACAACCCCUACUAGAGUACUACUUGGAUGGGGGAGGAGAGCAUGUUCUUAGCUGGUCAACAAACUUCUCACUGAAAGCCAUUCCUCUACUGGAGACAUCCUGGAAAUUGUAGGUAUUUCAAUCCCUCUGGAAGUUCCGCUUGGAUGGAGGAGAGCAUGUUCUUAGCUGGUCAAACUUCUUACUGAAAGCCAUUCCUGUACUGAAGGCGCCAUGGAAAUUGUAGAUGCUUCCAUCUCUCUCGAGAAGUACUGCUUGGAUGGAGGAGAGCAUGUUCUUAAGCUGGUCGACAAACUUCUCACUGAAAGCCAUUCCUCUCUACUGGAGAUGUCCUGGAAAUUGUAGAUGAUUCCAUCCCUCUCUAGAAAUACUACUUAGCUGGUCGAGGAGAGCAUGUUCUUAGCUGGUCAACAAACUUCUCACUGAAAACCAUACUUCUCUACUGGAGACAUCCUGGAAAUUGUAGGUACUUCCAUUGCUCUGGAAGUAUUACUUGGAUUAAACUUCCAUCCCUCUUGAAGUACUACUUGGAUGAAGGAGGAGAGCAUGUUCUUAGCUGGUCAACAAACUUCUCAUGCUGAAAGCCAUUCCUCUCUACUGGAUACGUCUUGGAAAUUGUGGAUGCUUCCAUCCUUCUAGAAGUACUACUUAGAUGGAGGAGGAGAGCAUAUUCUUAGCUGGUCAAAAAACUUCUCACUAAAAGCCUUUCCUCACUACUGGAGAAGUGUGGAAAUUUUAAUUGGUAAAUUGCACAUUAAUUAAUCUUUCGGAGAAUGGUGCAGAUGAAAAUCCCAAAUACAACCAUGCAACUCAAGAUGAAAUUCUUUCCAAUCAUAUCUACGGAGAGGACAGAAGCAUAGGCACUGGAAAUCCUUCUCAUUCAUGUACAAUAGUCUCUUCCGGAAGAGAGAGGCUUCUGUUCCUGCAAUCAUUGUCUACCACAUGAAGGAGGAGAAGCAAGUUGUUUUUGCUAUUGUUCUAUUGGAUGUAGCAACAGGACAUUAUGAACUUUUUUUCACACCAAAGUACAAUAUCCUGUUUCAUCCAGUAGAAUAUUAUAGCAUAAAUAACUUAAUUUAACUCAUUCUAAUAUGUGCUUACUACUCCCAAUAGGAAUUGAUAACUGAUUUGCUUCCUCCCCUGUGGAAGUUUCAACUUCCUGGGGGAGGAAGUUUAAACUUACUGAGAAGUGGUGUUACUGUCAUUAAUAUUCUUCUGAAAACCUACAUAAACAGCUGCUGCUUCUCAAAAUCUUAGAAACUCCAUACGGUUUAUCCAUUUGAUUGGUUUUGAAAGACAGCUAGGGGAUAUUAAUCCACCUUGGAAAGCAGAUCCUCUUGCAAAGACCAAAUUAUGAAUGCCUACUCUCCAGUAUUUAAGCAUCUCGCAUAUGAACUUGGCCUGCAAUAUCUGUAUUAGGCCAGCAGGCCAAGCUUUUCACACGAUUUUCUCCUUGUUAGGUUUUUAAAAAAAAUCCUUUCGAAUUGCUUCUUCAAUGCUUUUCCUCCUCUGAAAUGCUUCUUCAAACGCUUGUCCUCCAUGGUGCUUAAUUAUCUUCCUCGUGCUCUUGGGUUCGCUAUCUUCUUUAGUCAUCUAUUCCACGUCUCAUCUCUUCUCCUGAAAGAGGUAUAAUGUAAUAAUAAAGGGAAAAGCCUUUUUUUACCAUUACCCCCAACCGUCCCAUAAAAAGGUUGUCUCUGAACUCUUUCUGUGAUAUUUGUUGGAAGAUAUCUUUCAACACUAUUUGAGAUGGUGUCUGUGAUCUUAUAUUUUUGUACAAUUAAGAAGUCGAUAGAGGCUGUGACUUCCUAAAUAAAGGAAUGCUAGAAGCCAAGAAACUAAUCUAAUAGGUAACAAAAAUUAAUUUAGUUCAUACGUACCUGGAUCUCAAUAGGUAAACCCCGAAAGAUUCUGUGCAAUAUAAUAGUGAAGACUGAUUUGUUAUAUCCAUUUUCCUUGUAUUAAAGUCUAUCCAUCUACCAAAGGAGGUCUCUGAAAUAAAAUAUUGUAUUAAAAUUAAUCCUCAACAAAUAGCUCAUGCAAAAUAUUUCCACAUGUAUAACUACGCAAUGUUGCCUAUACAAAAAUUAUGAGAAGGCAUUAUGUUCCUUGUCAUAAGAUAAGUUUGAAUUUUAAAUUAUUUUUGUGCUUUAUGUGAAGCAUAUCUGUGUUGGUGUAAUUUAAACAAUACCAAAUGUUAGGUAUAAAGCCUACUUUGUACAUAGCUUGUAAAUAAAAAAACAAAACGUAUAAACAAAAUAGGGUUUGGAUACUGUGAAGAUUGAAUCUGAAUAUACAUAACCUACAUGAAGUGUGUUUUAUGGAGUGCCUGUUUUCAAUUUCUUAUGUUCAAUUUCACAUCAUCCCUUAAAUACAACCUGAAUGACCUUGUAUUAUAGUGUUUACUUAUGUAUUAUAUAGAGUACGUAGUAAGAUUCUCCACGUUGUAAUUAUUAAUGUUCCUAGUGUGAUCAUGCUCUUCAAUACCUUAGUAUAUAAAAUGACUUGUGACAAAACAGCCACCCAAAAAUUGUAGGUGCUUUAGGCAUCAUUUUUACAGUACCCAACGAGCUGUUACUCACCUGUCAUAACAUUAGAAUCGCACCGUGUUUCUGUGAUUGAACAGUGAUAAAUAAUUUACCCUUUCUAAUUUAUUCAGUGUGUCUGAUCAAUAAAUGUUUGCAACUCU